AUGUUACCAACGGAAACACAACUAUUAGAAUUUAAACUGGAACAUCCAAAACCGAUUGGGUUACUUACUCUGAGCUCCGGAUCACCAGUCGAUGUACGAGACAUAAUCAGUUUUAACUCUGAUCUAUUGCGGCAUGACUUUUUCUUUGAUUCUCAAACUCAUACCAGUGGAGAGAGAGUGCCGACACGAGUUGUUCAUGCGAAAGGAACAGCUUACUGGGGACACUUCGAAGUCACACAUGAUGUAUCAAAGUACACGAGCGCUGAUGUGUUCGAUGGUAUCGGGAAAAAGACUCCAGUCUUGUCAAGGCUGUCUGUUGGCAAUCCAGAUCCAGGAAGCUCCGACGUAGCAAGAGAUCUGAAAGGUUUUGUCCUAAAAUUUUAUACAGACGAAGGAAAUCUUGACUUUUUAUGUCUUCAACUUCCCGUUUUUGCUUUCAAUGAUCCCAUAGACUUUGCUCAUUUUACGCGUGCAAUUCAAAGGAAUCCACGAACCAAUGUCCUUAUUCCUACCCAACUAUGGGAUAUAGUUUCUUUAAAACCAAAAGGAUUACUCACUGCUUUCUAUUUGAUGUCAGACUACGGAAUUCCGAAUGGUUGGAGAUACAUGGAUGCCUUCCCUAUUCAUGCUUAUGAACUUAUCAACAAGCACGGUGAUCGAUGGUAUGUCAGAUUUAACUUCAGAACUGAGCAAGGGUUAAGGAAUCUUACGACUCUAGAAGCAGGAGCUAUUCAAGCCACUGAACUUGACUACUUUAUCAGAGAUAUGUAUAAUGCCAUAGAAACUAAAAAUUAUCCUUCUUGGAGGCUAGAAAUGGAUGUUUUAUCUAUCAAUGACGUUCAAAAACUUGAUUACAAUCCUUUCGAUGUGACAAGUCUUUGGAAAGAAGGCACGUACAAGACCGUACCGAUUGGCCGUUUAACAUUAACUAGGAAUUCUGACAAUCAGUUCAGAGAUCAAGAACAGGCGGCAUACAAUCCAGCCAAUUUAGUUCCAGGUAUUCCAGGUCCUGUGGACGCGUUAUUUAGAGGCAGAAGAUUCGCAUAUAGAGAUGAUCAUAACUAUCGUGUUGGACGUAACUUUGACAAGGUCAGUGUUAAUGCGCCUAAAUACUCGAAAUCAUACAUUCGUGAUGGACACCCUCCAGUUUGGGACAAUGAAAGGGAUGCCCCCAACUAUUAUCCGAAUUCAUACAACGGACCGGUACCUUUUGUAGACGAUUUGAGGUCAAGAGAACGUUUGCGAGUGCGAGAGAGUAAUGCAGCGGAUUUACAAAUGGUCUCUGAUUUUUAUAAUCGGUUGGACGAGCCUGCUAAACUACGAUUAGUAGGGAACGUUGUUCUGGCGAUGAGUCAGGCAACAGAACCUACUGUGAGCAGGGUCGUGAAACUGUUUGAGCUCAUUGACGGUGACUUAGCUAGUCGGCUAAUUGCAGGUUUGGUAACCUCACGCAAUCAGAACAAUGGUUAA